GAUCCGCACGACUAACCUGCACUUUCUUUGUUCUUGUAGGUUCUAAUCAAAUAGGCUUCCCCCAUAAAUCUUCCCUUUGACGUUUGUGAUAUCAGAUGUGAUUAAUGCUUCACUGCUCUUUAAUAAAGGACUCGCUGUACAUUUCUAGUGUUCUCGACAGACAAGGCAUCGAUAGCGCAGCGAACACCAAUGGGACUGCAUAACUCUCAUCCAAAGCUUUACCCCGGAGAUAUUCUUGAGUUUCCCGGCAACAGUUACUUUUCUCAUUUUGGAGUUUACUAUGGUGAACGGGACGGAGUUCCUUACGUGGCCCAUCUGACCAUCAGAGAUUCAGACACCAAACUCCUCCUUUUCGGCCGAGCUAUAAACGCUGCGGUAAAGCUUGACCCGCUUGAUGUGGUUGGGAAGAAGUACAAGGUAAGAAACUACUUGGAUGACAAGCAUCCACCUCGAGAUUUCUACAAUCUCAUCAAGCCGGAAAUCGAUGACGUCAUGACAAAAAACAUCACCUUUGACAUCCUGUUCAACAACAGCGAACAUCAGGCCACAAUGUUUCGAUACGGGGUUAAAAAGUCAGAGCAGAUUGAAAAAGUCUAUUCCAAGAUCGUUCCCACCUGGAAAGAAUUAUUUGAGAAGAAAAAGAUUUAAGAGCUGCAUGAAGACAGAGUUCAAGAUCAUACAAAAACAUACUUUCUUCCUUAAAUAAUUCUUAAAAGGAACAAAAUAUUGGAACGUACUGAUGUAAAAUAUACAAAAUGAUUUGGAGUUGCAUACAGUCUGAACAAAUGAAAAGCUUAAAUACUCUUUAUUGUAUCGAAUGUUUAGUUAUAUGGGUAUUGAAUCUUCUGGUUCAAGUCUCCACAAGGAGGCGGCAGAGAGUCAAAGUUUUAUUGGGCUAAACGAGGCGAACAGCAGGAAUGAUUAAAUGUCUACAUUAAAUGUCAGCAAAAUGUCUUUUACAUGUUUAAAAAUGUUUGUCUCGUUCGUAACUAGCAUGGAACUGAUCAUUUAAAUGUCUCUGGCCUUUUAUUAAAUGUGAUAAUAUACAGAUAAUCAGGUGCAAAAGCCAACAAACAUUUUGUAAAACUAGAAAGUGUUUAUUAAAAUAAAACUAGUAUAGAAAUGAGAAAUUAAAUGUCUCUUACCUUAUAGAUUUAUACUAUAAAUGUGAUGCAUAAUCUACAGAUUUUAAUGUAGAAAAGCCAACUAACAUUUUGUAAAACUGGAAAAUUAUUAAAAAGGGUUCAACGAAAA